AUGGUAACACACUUAAUGGGAACUGACCAGGACCUGAACUUCGAUCUGCGGGUUCUGUGUAACAGAGUGAAGGUCCUGGAGCAGAAAGUUUCAACCCUCAUGCAACACUCCCAGAGGCUGGACCAGAGACUCCACAUGCUCAGGGAGGAGGUCAGGAACAUGACCCAGGAGAAGGAGCGAGGGGAGAGGGUAUGGAGGGAUCGACUGCAGCGCUGUCAGAGGCAGCUGAAGGCCAAAGAGGAGGAGAUGAGUCGCCAGUCCCUGUACUUCGAGAACUUUAAAACCCAACUCCAGCAAAAGCUUAGCCUGGCCCAGGACAGAGAGCAGGGCCUACAGAACCGGAUUUACACUUUAGAAAAGCAGUUACUGGACAUGACCGUGAGUGCUGCCACUGGCGUGGCAACGAUCAGUGCAGUCAGAUUCACUGCCGGGACUGUGACACAACAGGAAGAACAAGAGAGGCUACUUUCCAUGAGAGGAGAGGGCGAAGGAGAAGAGGAGAGAAAGGAGGAGAGGAGGAGGCAAUGGCAGCCAAGUGUGGGAGUUGAGAGAGAAGGAGGGCGAGAGGGUGAUGAGGAAAAGAAAGAGACACAAGGGGGAAGAGUUAAACUGAAAGACACAAAACAGAACUCAAAUGAAGCCAGGUUGCAAGGCUUCAUCCUGAGCCUGCAGGAGGAUCUCAGGGUGCUGCUGGAGAGAGAGGAGGAUGGGAUGACAGAGCGGAGGAGACUGAUGGAGCAGCUCCAGGAGGCCCAGGAGAACAGCCACUUCCUGGGCUGCAAGGUGGAGGAAAUGAAGGCAGAGGCGCACCAGCUGAAGGUGUCUGAAAGCUCCUUGAUGGAGGAGAUUGAUGAGCUGAGAGGUGCGAACCACAGACUCCGGCAGAUCAUUGGGGAUGCAGAUAACCAAACACCCAGACAGUCAUCCAGAGUCCCUGAGUCCACGUGCACAGGUCCUGGGACCAGCUUGCCCAGCUGCAGUCCUGCUCUGCCCUCCAACAAUCUCUCACAUACUACAACCAUUGGACAUUUCUCAAUGGGGAGCUCUGGAGAGGUCCAUCACACCUCAAAUGAGGAAACAGGCCAGCCUCACUCAUCUCCAGUUCUACCUGUUCACCACCAGGCUGCAGCAGAGCACCAGACUAAUACAGAGGAACACUCCUCUGCCAAAACAGAAACUCCACCUAAAAAUGAUCCUCUGAACCUCUUUUGCCACCUUGGCUCCAAAACCAACCCCAGCCUCCAGUCCCUUUCAUUGACUGCAGAGACACUAGAGGAGUUUAAACUGGGGACCUGGUGCUCUAGUGAGAUCCUAAACCUGGAGGAAAGCCCCAGUGAGGAAUCUGAUGCCCUGAAGGAAGCCUACAGGAGCUUGGGGUUGGGGGAGGAUCUUGAAGCACUUCAACAACAAUGUAACCGCCUGGAAGUCACCCUGCAGCACACGCAGGAGCAGCUGCAGAUGAUGGCUCAAGAAAAUACUCGACUGAAAUUACAGCUCAGGAAAGAGGCAGAGGAAGAACAAGCUGAGGCACAGCAGGGGUCUUCAAGAGAAAAGAUUAGCACACUACCUGCCAGUGAUGGGGAGGAUGAUCUUGUCAAGGCCCUGAAUCAGGAGAACCGGGCUUUAGCAGACCGGAUCCGGCAGCUUCUGGGUCACAUUGAGGUCAGAGAAGAGGAAAUCAAGAGGGGGGAAACACAGCUACGGCAGCAUAUCACCAUCGUAGAGGCGGACAGAGUCAGGCUGGAGCAGGAGAACCAGGAACAAGGGUGUUUGAUCACAGAACUCAACCAGAAGACUGAGGAUGAUCUCAAUACCAUCAUGGAGCUGCAGCAAAGGUUAGAGGAGAGCCAACAGCAUAUGGAGGAAUCACACUUUGACAAGGAACCGUGUGGAUCUCAAUUGCAAGGUGAAUAUACAGCUGCAAUAUCAGGAAGUUUUCAACACAACAACCUUGAAGAAUGUGUGGACAUUUUGGUGGAAAGGGUGUUAAACGGGGAAGAACCACAGCUGAUGUCCAGUCAACAACCAGACAAUUUGACUACAGCUUCAGCACCUGGUUCUCAACAUAAUAAUUGCUAUGAUCCCUUGCAGAACGGAAUGCAAAGCAGUCAGCAUGUUAGUUCGCUGACUGAUCAAGUGCACCUGCUGACCAAGUCAGUCCAGAGCCUUAAAACAGAACAAGAGGAACUGUCUGGUGACAUAAAUUCUCUCAGAGAGCAGCAGAGAGAGGUGGCAAUGUCAGUCCAAACACAGACAGAAGUGAAGCAGCAGUUAACUCGGACAGUUUGGGCAUUGAAAGAGGAGAGAGACAGCAUCUCUCAAUCUCUGGCUGGUCUCAAACAGGAGAGAGAGCAGCUUACCAGGACAGUCUAUGGGCUGAAAGAUGAGAGUAACCAGUUUAUAAGGUCUACAAGUGGCCUGAAAGAGGAGAAAGAGCAUCUAACUGAGGCUUUAUCUGCUCUCGAAAGAGAAAAAGAGAAACUGUUAGAAUUUCUCUCAAGGGGAAAAGCGGAAAGAGAUCAAACCAUGCAGUCAGUACAACGUUUACAGUCAGAGAGUGACCAGUUAAGCCAGGCAGUGCUCUAUUUGAAACAGGAGAGAGACGAAUUAACCAAUUCCCUUAAGUGUCUGAAGGAACAGAGAGAUAAGGAGCAAUCAUCUUCCACUUUGCAAGAAGACCAAGGCGAGUUAAAAAAAUCAGUAAGCAGUUUGCAAGAAGAAAAAGAAAGAAUUGAAAGUUCAAUCGGUUGUUUGAAAACAGAAGAAAAGCAUAUAAAGCUAUUACUUCAGGGCCUAAGAGAGGAAAGCCUCCAAGCUGCUCUGCCCAGCCAAACACAAACAGAAGGGAGGGAUCAGAAGCAGCAUCUGCUGAAUCCAAACACUGCUGUUACGACGAAGAAGACUAAGACUUCUGUUGGGACAGACGAAUAUGCUACACAAAGAUGUCAGACGGAUGACCACAGCGGGACCUCUCUACUUAUGCAACAUGUUUUUGAUGGAAAACAGGUGCAAAGUGAUCUGAUGAGGGAGACUGAAGCUUUGGGAGCAGAACUAAAGAGGUCGCGACACGAACUGGAGAAGAGCCAUGUAGAUACCAAUAUGUUGCACAGUGAAUUGCAUCAAGCGGAAGUCAGGAGGGAGGAAGCAGAGAGAAAGGCCGCAGCUGACGAGGUGAUGAGGCUGACAGAUGUAGCCAAUCAGAUGGAGGAAACCAGAAAGGAAAACGACAGCCUCAUAACCCAGGUGAAGCAGCUACGGAGCGAACUGACAGGACUGGUCAGGGAGAAGACUGAUGCUCUGUCACUGAAGGCACAAAUAGAGGAGCAAUAUAACAUCCUUACAGCUCAGCUCAAAGCCAAGACGGUGGCUCUAGAGGAGCUAAACUCAGAGUACAUCGCUCUUAAACGAGGUCAGGGCAGCAAGGAGGAUCCGGGCACUGUUCUCGUUUCACUCAGGACACGUUACAAUGACAUCAGAGUGAAGUAUGAUGCACUCCUGAAAAAGAAGAGCCAGAAUGAUCUGGAAAUAGCUCCUUUAAAGGCCAAGCUGUCUUGCCUGGUAGUGAAGUGUCAGGAGAGGAACAGCUUGUUGUUUCAGAUGAUGAAGGCCAUGCACAGACGAGGUUGUGUGGACUCCACACUCACGCAGCAGGUUGAGCAGCUGCUCAGUGACGCGGCUCUGCAGGACUACGCUGCAGCAUUCACACCACGGAGCGUGAACGUAAAGACCCGGGAUUAUAGUACUUGGUUUACACCAGGAUUUUUUAAAUUUCAAGACUACACCAACGGGCUCACACCUGAUCAGACCUGCUCCACCAUACCCACAGUUGUAAAUCAGCAUUACCAAAAUGGACUCACAACUGAAUCCAGAGUAAAAUGUAGAGAAUUAAAAAGUGAAAAACACAGAUCUUCAGUCACCACUGAAUCAAUGACAAAACAUCAAGAUUGCAGUAGUGAAGUCACACUUGCAUCAACAGUAACACUAAAGGAAAAUGCCAACUCACCAGUGCAAGAGCAUGCCAGCGUCCAAGCGACACCAUCACCUGUUGUUCCUUCACCGAAAGCGAGCUUGAUCACUACGGCACAGCUCUCUCCCGCUGCCAGUGGAUCAGUUCAAGUAACCAGUGGACCCGAGAAUCUUGGAUUUCAUCAUCCAGACAUGAAAGGGAAGUCUUCCCUAGAUCUGGCCAGUUCGACUGGAUCCUCACGGAGUCCCACUCCUCCCUCCUCCAACACACGUGUGAGCCGGGGCAGGAGGCUGAGUAGCCCUGAGAAGAUCAUCAACCUACACGAGCAACUGCAGAAGACUUUAAUGAGCAGCUAUCAGGCUCCAGUGAGCAGAGGAAGAGGAUCUCAGCCCAGGGAAUGUCUCCCGUUUCCAGCUCAUACAGACCUGAGACCAGCCUCUCAGACAAAGACGCAGAGCCUCACUUUCAGUAUAUCACAUACCAACUCUCUCCUAGUCACCACUCCUUCGAGCCCAGCUAAGCACACUCCAGCCGUGACAGCCACACAUGUUGCCACUAAUAAGUCAACAACACUAUUUGAUACAGUCUCCUCAAGAUCUGCUAGUGUUACAUUCGGUACCAACAUGUUUACUGACUUUAAAGCAGACAGAUCUAAAACCACAACGUCUGCACUUUCUAGCUCUUAUAACUUUCCAUUUGCCACUAUGGCACCUAGCAAAUCCACCUCAAGCAGUGCCACUAAUGGAGCAAUAUCCCCAAAACAGACCAUGAAAAUCACUGCUAUUCCUGACCUGUCUGAUGCAAAACAUACAGCUUCUACUCCUUUAACCUUCGACUCUGAUGUCUUCAUAAGUUCUGACACCAAUCCAAAAACCACUGCCUCAGACACAACUGCCCGUAGCAUAUCAACUGCCCCCAAGGCUAAUCAUUUUAACAGGCCUUCUAAAACGGAUGGUGCUUCCCCUACAUAUGAUAGGCUUGUAUCUGCUGCAUCCUGCGCUCAUUCUGCCCAUCGCUCUCCUGAGAGAUCCAACAAGUCUGCCAGAAAGUCUGUAACUGCUCUUGAAAAAACAAAGUCAGCAAGACCAGAAGCUCCAGCUGAGGUUCGCUCUGUUGAGGUCAUCAAAACAGUUGGGCAGAGCAGCCUCAUGAUUGGCUGGGAGAGGCCACCACUUGAUGAGCUGGGCUGCAGUAACGGCACAUUUGUGUACGGAUACAGGGUGUUUGUAGAUGGGGAUUUUCACAAGUCUGUCAUGAGCUCAGCGUGCACCAAGUGUAUUCUGGAGAAUGUUGACCUGAGCGUCCCAGUCCACAUCAGUGUCCAAACGCUUGGCUCUAAUGGUCUCGGUUCAAACAGUGUCCACACCAUGUAUGGGACUGACCACCACUGACUCAGUGUCCUGAAUACAACAAACAUAAUGGUCCAGAGUCCACGAGUAAGUAUAGUAAUAUUGAAUAAGACACCCCUCUAUCCUAGAUUUUACUGCAUCUGAUUUAUAAGUGUUUUACUAUCUUGUCAGUGUCUUUGUAGGAUUACAGAAACUCCUUGGUGAAAACCUUAACUGCCAGUGGCCAAGGUUUGAAUGGUCAGUUGUGUGCAUCGCUGUGUCCUUGUGUUUGUAUAUCAGUCUACACAAAGUAUGGUCGAAUGUUUUCAUUUUGUCAUGCAUGUUUUGCUUUAUGUAUGUGAAACAGCAGUAAAACAACUUCCAGAUAAAUAUAAAAUUAAAGUGAAAUCGAAUCUAAUGUAAUUGAUAUUUUAAAAAGUGCUUAAAGAUACUAACACUUGUGUGACAAUUUUCACAAAUUUUUCCCUUCGUCCUGUGUGUCCUGUGUGUGUGUGUGCGUGUCUGUCCUUCAGCCAACUAUAGCUGCAGUCCUCUGAGGGGCCGUCCUAACCUCCACCUCAGCAAACAGCGAGGGAGACGCCGUCACACUGCCUCAGGCUCAGGUCAACCAAUCACAAAAAAUCGUCUCACGUUGUCUUUACCAGCCUAUGAACAUGCAGUGACCUAUGGCCGGCCGCUAAACCUCAAAAUGAUUAACUUAAGAUGUCAAACAAAAUACAGUGUAAGAUUCCUGCCUCUGUGCUGAGAAUUAAUUUGCAUGUCAGAGCAGAUCCUUGUUGGAAGAACUUCCUGUGUCAGAGUCCCUCCUACUGGAUUCACCAUCCUGGAAUGGAUAGGACGUUGUGUUUGCCAGGUAAAAAGGCCGGAGCGGCUGCCAAUCAAACAGAUCCUGACAAACUGAUAAAAACACUACAAACACUACACUACAAACUAUAUGAAGCCAAGAUCAAUCACAUUGUCAUAAGCUGCCUGUGAUGCCAACAUUCACUAACAUUGUUCAACCAAGACAGAAAAUGUUGGAGGGACGUCUGCAUCUUGCUGCACAUUUUAACACUGUGUUAAACAUUGAGAGAUCAUGUGGCAUAUUGCUUCAUCAGCCUCUCUGGACUCUGUGACACGAACCGUUGGUUAAAGGGACAUUCACUGUAUGAAAAGCCUUUUCAAGGCAACACUCACUGUAUAAUGUGCCGACCCAACCUUGUACCCGAAGCUCAUCUUACUUGAUUUUUACACACAAAGCCAAAUACGAGAAAAGACUCCAAAGACUUAUCAGUUUCCUUGUCCUCAUAGGUCUACGGGGUUUACUUCAAACAAAGAAGCCAGGAGAUUUCUGGAAUUUGCACACAUAUGAUAUCUAGAAGAUAAAAUUUAAAAAAGAGAUUAUCACUGAUAUUUUUUGUAGAGAAUAUUAUAAAAAUAUGCCAAUGUACCACCUACUGUCUUUUUGUAUGAGUGGCACUUUGUUUUUCAUGCCUAAUAGAUGUUAUGUUUGCACGCUCACAUUGUUUUUUUAUUUUAUACAAUUUCACAACACACUGUAUGAUGUUCUUUUGCUACUUAAUGUAUGUAUGGGUGUGGAGUGGUCAUGGUGCAGCAAACGUAUUUUUCUAUCAUUAAUUGAAAAUAUUGAUUCCCAAUUGAUUCCUUACGACUGUACAGAGAAUAAAUGUUUAUAUAAUAUUAACUGUCA